GCCGCUCCAGUCAGCCUGGACUAUCCUAUCAACCGCCUGAUGCAUCUCUAGACAUCCACUGCAUCUGCCUGUCCGCCUGUCUCUUUGCCAUUGUAGCCCCUCAUGGGUCAGAACAACGGCAAGCCCGUCGUCUUCACCGACCAAGUGAACCUCAACCACUUCCGCCUGCUGCGCGUUGUGGGCAAAGGCGCAUUCGGUAAGGUGCGCAUCGUUGAGCGCAAAGAUACGGGGCUCACAUUUGCGCUCAAGUACAUACGCAAAGAUGAAGUCGUACGGUCGGAAAGCGUCCGCAACAUCAUCCGAGAGCGCCGUAUGCUUGAGCAUCUCAAUCACCCAUUCCUUUGCAAUCUACGCUAUAGCUUCCAGGACAUUGAAUACCUAUACAUUGUCGUGGACCUAAUGAACGGUGGCGAUCUGCGAUUCCACAUUUCGCGAAAGACGUUUACAGAAGAAGCUGUGCGCUUCUGGAUAGCAGAGCUUGGUUGCGCUGUGCGCUACAUACACCAGCAGGGCAUUGUGCACAGAGAUAUCAAGCCAGACAAUGUGCUAUUAGACUCUGAGGGACAUGUCCAUCUCGCAGAUUUCAACGUUGCCUCUGAUUUUGUACCACACAAGCCGCUGACGAGCAAAUCGGGCACACUCGCCUAUCUCGCCCCCGAAGUAUAUGAAGGCAAAGGCUACUCAUGCGAAGUCGACUGGUGGUCACUGGGUGUGCUCUUCUACGAGUGCAUAUACAACAAGCGACCAUUUGAAGCCAGCAGCCACGACUCUCUCGCCGCCAAAAUCUCAAAGGGAGAACCCACCUAUCCCGUCACGAGCCCGCCCGUCUCUAUGCCGUGCUUGCAUGCCAUCAGCUCCCUGUUGGAAAAGGACCGAAGCAGACGCAUUGGCGCCAUUGGAUUUGAUUCGUUCACUGAUAAUCCUUUCUUUCGGCCCAUAGAUUUUUAUGCACUCGAACACAAGGAGAUUGAGCCAAUCUUCAUACCUUCGAGUGAUAAGACCAACUUUGAUGCGACGUACGAUCUUGAGGAGUUGCUGCUUGAAGAAGCGCCGCUUGAGGCCCGUGCCCGCCGGCAGAAGCCAAGAGAAGCUCUCAAGGAAGAUGCUACCGAGCAGGAGAUACGCGCCGACGAGCUACACAGGAUGAUUGAGACGCUGUUUGAGCCUUUCAACUACACCACAGCUGGCGAUCAACGGACUCCUGCCGCUGUAGCAGUCGCUGACCCCCAAGACUCUGGCGCUGGCUCACGAACCAGCAACCACAGCCAGCCCGACCACAACCCCACCUCUGCUCCAUCUCAUGGUGACUCUUCUGGACGUCACUAUGCCAACUCCAAGUCUCAAGAUACCGACCUCCACCCCACCCGUUCCACUACCACCGCACGAUCGACACAAUCACCAAACGGCAGUCCACCUCUGCCGACGAGCGUACUGCAGCACACUGCCAACAACAGCUCACCCACGUCGCAACGUGGUGAGCAUGUUGAUUACUUCCCUCACGACGGCUCCGAAGUCCCAACCCCCUCGUUCUCCCGCCCUAUGAACAGCCGCCAGCGAGGCUCCCAACGCAGCACAAGCAUGGGCGGAGGUGUACAGGUAGUUCUCAAUGAGACUGGUUCAUGGACCGAGAUGGCUAACCAGAGCUCCGCGCUUGUACAGAACGCCCAAACUGAGAAACCAUCCGGCAUGCUCGGAUUCCUCAGUCGCAAGAAAGGCCGGGACAGGAGUCCCAAGGCCAAAGAGAGGGGUGUUCUGGGUAAAGAAGGUGCGCGAGUCAUCAUCAGCAAUACCUGAACAACCUCACUCUUUGUUUGUUUUGCACGCAUCACACUACCGGCUCUCUCAAUCUCUUUCCCCAACCGUUGGACGAGUCUCCUUGCGUCAUUCUCAUCAUCUCUUUCGAUUCACGUCAAUGUUUUAUUUGGCGGGCGCAGCAUGCUGGCGUCUUCCCUGGGGCAUGCCCUUUUUGGCAUGCUCAUUCUCUCUCAUCAAACGACCUUUUGCGACGCCCUAGGCCCUUUUAUAUACGCGGCCCCUCCUCCUCUCUUAACUUUUUUAUUGCAUCGGCAUUUUGCAUAUUUCCCACCCGACCCAUCCACCUUUUUUCCCGGAGACUGGAGAGGAAUAAAAGGUGUGCGAUAUCUGGGCGUUGUAGGCUUAUA